AUGCUAGAUAUACAUCACGCCAUACUAGAAGAAUCCAAAGCCCACGACAGCAGUGCAACGUACGGCGACAUGGGCGACGACAGAGAGAGAGAUCACAACCGAGACAGCCCCAUACUCAGCGUCAAGGGCAGCGACGUAAGUGGGCGCGCAUCAGCACUGGCGAAUGACCCGGCGCACAACACACCGACACUCGGACACGUGCAGGGGCAAUCGCCUGGUCAACCCUCGACACCCGUACUAGCAACCGGUACAACACUGAACAACACCGGGGCGGGUAUGGGCCUGAGCAUGCACGGCGGGGAUGUGGGCUCUGGUGCUGGGAAUCUGAGCCUAGCGAAUCUGAGCCGACUGCAGACCUCGAGCAGUCACCAGAGCAGCCCCGACAAUCACAGUCAAACAGAGCCGCCUGAAACAGCCACCCCCGACACCCACCAGGGCACCAGCGGUACGGGUGCGAAUGCAACGGAGAGCACUGGGCCGGCAGAUACGGAACGCGGGGGGUUAGAGAGAGAGGAGUCACUGGAAGGCUUGACAUUCAGAAGUAGCGGAAACGGGACAGGGGCAGUGCACACUCAGGCACAGGCCAGCCCUCACACACACGGAGAAGGUGACAGCACCACGAAGAAUGCGCUGGUGACACCCGCCACAGGGGCUGUGGGCCAAGGGCGGGUGGAUCGGGCCGAGGAGAGUGAUAGGGACGUACAGGACUCGUCACCCACUAAGCUUACGGCGGACACCAAGGAUCAGGCGAAGGCAACCAACCCGUUGGAGCUGGAGAGCAGAGGGAUGCACACGCCUCCCACCACACCCGUCGCAGCGCACCGCAGUACCGAACAUCGCAAAACUCCACUGCAGGAAUCCACAGCCAUGACCCUCGAGCGAACCGACUCACUCACAGACAGGCUCAUCCAGGGCAGCACACUGGCGGGCGAUCUGCGUUAUGUCUACGACUGCCUGACGGGGAACACACCCACAUUCACGACUGGCGUGUCGACCACACACCUGCACGCACACUCAUACGCCAACACUAGUACAGAGCGCGAUACCCACGCACAUACAUCGUUGGGCAGGGCUAGGGGCCGCAGGGGUGCAGUGGAGACCACAGCCGAAGCGUCGAGGAUGCAAGGGCAGUGUGCCAAGCUGCACGGAACAGCGGUGCACUUCAGCCUUAACAACUGGGUGGCUAUCAGCUGGACACUACAGGAGUACCUUAACAAACAGCCGGUACUGAGGCGGACGUAUACCGAAAGCACAACGGGGUUUACCUGCCGAGGCCACAUCGGCGGGGCGGGUGUGUGGGAUGGGUCAGUCACCACCACCACACGCACACACAAUGAACCUCAGAAUGAUCAAAAACGCACAUAUAAUGAACCUCAAAAUGAUCAAACACGCACACACAGUCAACCUCAGAAUGAUCAAACACGCACACACAGUCAACCUCAGAAUGAUCAGGCGCUGGACUUAAACGACCGAACUUUCAAGUCAAGCGACAGGAACCUGGACCCGUAUCAACGUAGCAACACUAGCCACCCCCCCGCGCACAUCCAACGCACCUUCCGGCCGUACCACAGUCUGCUGUUCUACUCGCCCAGCCGCUCCAAAUUCAUCGCCACACUGCCACGCGACUGUUCUCCUGCACUGCUGGAUCUCAUGAAGGUCAUUUCUCCUCUCAAGAACUUCUCCGACCUGGCGCGUGAUCUGGACGCCCCUUUGGCGCAUAUGUACCGUCUAGCGGCGCACCUGAUAUUCUGGCGCAAAGCGAAACUCACCCACAAGAUAGCCAUGAAUAGCAUCUACAUCAACAACCCCGAGUGCCAUCUUCCCCGGUGUGUAUGCGUGCACGAAUCUGCGACACCAGCCACACCCGACACAUCUGAAGCAGAGGACACGUGUGACUCACCGAACUCAGCACAGGGCAUUCAGAUAGCCACACCUCAAGCACAGGGGUGCCGCAGCCACGGGGAAAAUCCUGGGCUGGGAUGCGACUUUGUGAACGCCUUCCCAGGGAACCAGCUUGUGCAGCAGAUGGCUUUCUUCAAUACGCCCCAGUCUCUCGGUGACUAUCUCACUACCGAGUGCAGUGUGGCAUCACCAGACUUCCCGGGUAGAGACAGCGAGAAUGUGUCGGGCUGGGUCAACAGUCGCGACAUGCGCUAUGCCACAGCCCCCACACGCAGCUACGACGCACACGGCCACGUACCCACCCCACAGCCACGCGUGCCUGUACCAGCGGACCAACGCACACGCGUGAACAUCGUUGUGUGGCUUCUGCGACGGGAUCUAUUGAGAGAGGUGCACAGUUAUGUGUAUCUGGUAGUCCCACCGCCUGCGCUCGCGGCGCGGGUUAGGCGGGCCGGCGUGGGGGUGGGAAGUGGGAGUGAGAGUGAGAUCAACACGGACACGUAUACGGAUGAUAUUCUGGAUGAUAGAGAGAGUCCAGAUUUGCGGUCAAUAGACAUGGCGUGUGAUUUGCUUUCAGACUUGAAAGAGAUUCUGUACAUAAAUACGACUGAAGCAGAACGCAUGGGCAUCUAUGCAGUGCCAGCUGCCGCCGAGACCGCCAAACUCGCCGCAUUCGCAAGGCUGUGUCCGUACUUCCGAGGCACCAAUCAUUUCGACGAUAUUCUGUGGUAUGAGAACAUCAACCGAGGGAUAUUGGAUAGAGUGCUGGAGGACUUCUCAGCGGUGCUGAGUGUCUGUCAGUUACCAGCGUAGCCAGCAAAGGCGGGCGUAUGAAUUAAAAAACAAAAAAAAGUAACUGGUAUGAGAAGAUGGGGGUCUCUUUAAGCGAACGCAAUACGCAGCCACAGGUUACAAGCCUAGUCAGUUAGCGCAUCCGGUGGGUGUGUAAGUGGCGAAGGGUGCCACCACAUGAACAUCGAGACGAAGUAUAAAUACAAUGGCGGAUAUACGAAAGGAGCGGUGGAACACUGGGACACGGGGUUGAAUUAAAACCCUACAUCUGAAUACGUAGAGCUUUUGAUAGUAACGGCAUUACCUAGAUAGAACUGUUUUGUGUAUACACGACGAGCAAAUAAAGGCUUACACUAUUGC